AUGAUGGACAACAGCCGACAUCAACAUCGUGGCGAUCCCCAACAAAGACAUCCCAGGCCAAAUUCAGGUAGCCCGUUGAUAUCCGCGAGCUCGUCGCCGAAUCUUGCUGGGACUGCUGAUCAUACAAGAGCGCAUUUCGCUGGAAACGAGCCUUUCUCUGACUAUUACGCCCCUCCAAGAUCAGAAUCCGCAUCCAACGACCCUCACCUUGAGCCAGCGAUGUUCGUGGUAAACCCAUGGGAACCGUCCUUUCCUGAUUCGCUUGCAAACAGGCAUUUCAUAGCACAAAAUCGCACUUUUGACGCGGGAUCGCACGGCUAUCAACCAAUACCAUAUCCACAACAUGGGCACUCUCCAUUUGCAAGCGGUUAUUCAGCUCCGAGUGGCUUUUUGAACCUCAACGCGCCUGCAUACGAGACGUCAUUGCUCAACGUAGACAGCGGUCAACCGGUACUGCGCAGAGAGACGCCGGUUUUGCAUCGCGGGUUUCGUCCAAUAGUGCACGGUCAGAUGAUACAUGACUCGCAGUCUCCUCCGAUAGGUCAUAUACAAGGAAACCAUAUUCAAGGAAAGGAACCGAUACACCCUUUGUCUGUUCAUCAUCCAAGGGAAAGCUCUAGCUCUGUUCAUCUCCCAUCUGCGGUAACGCGAACAAAACGAAGUCAUCAGCAACCCGCUAGGAAAUCUUCAGUCGAAGACGUUGGGAAUCACGACAGACCUUACGCUUAUCUUCUAUAUGAGGCACUUCGCUCUGCGCAAGAUCACAAAAUGUCCUUGCAAGAAAUAUACCGGUGGUUUGAAGAGAAUACAAAUAAAGCGAAUGACCCUCAGUCUAAAGGCUGGCAAAGCAGUAUUCGUCAUAAUCUGUCUAUGAAUGAGGCGUUCAUCUUGCACAACGAAACUCCGGCCCGAGGGAAGUCAAAGAAUAAUUACUGGACACUUACAGAAGACGCCCUCAAGAAUGGGGUUCAAUCGACGACUCGUUACCGCAACAAUGUUUCGAAGAGACCUUUAAUACACGAUGAUAUGGACCAACGAAGGGAUACUGGAAGAAGAGGAGGAAAUAUACUAAGCCACCCGUCAAAGUCUCGUCGUAUCAGUCAACAUCCAGAGGCCGAUCCAUUUGAGCAAUUUCGGUCCAGCCAUGGAUAUGAUAUUCAACAGCAAAUAAGUCAGCAGCAACCGGUGGAAGAUACGUCUAGGCACAAUAUGUAUUACCAAGAUCCAAGCAUAUUCGUUCCUGUGGCCACCCAGGGUUUGAAUCCAAGUAUAAUCGUCACGUCAACUGUUGCGUCUGACGGCUCUCAAUAUGGUUUUGUAAGGAGCCAUAGUUCUUCUAGUCAAUUCGGUCACGACUUUACACAAUUUGAUACAUAG